AUGACUGUGGAGGAGGAAAGCCCAGAGACGGAUGAUUUGCGAUUGCAGCAGCUGGACAAUAAUAUUUUUUUCGGGUCCUGUGAAGUACUAGCACAGCCUAUUCUUUUACAGUACGAGAAUAUCAAAUUUAUUAUAGGUGUUAACCUAACUACUGAGAAGAUAGCAUCGUUUUAUACUGUGUAUUUCCAGCAUUCAAAUUCACUAAUUGUAAAUUUUGAUUCGUCGUCAACCCAAGAAACGAUAGAGACGCCAGUGGAAUUGUAUAAUCGAAAUAAUACGAUUCUAUUACAGAAAUUCGUCAGUCAGUACUUACAAAUGGGAAAAACAAACACCCCGUUAUCCUUAACAAGGUUUGGCAAAAUCCAGUCACUACCGCAAUUUUGUAAUUCAAACGUUCUCACCGGCGAACCGUUGGUGCAAUACCAGGCGUUCAAUGAUCUAUUGACACUUUUUAAAUCUUUUAAACAUCUCGGUAACAUCUUGGUGGUAUCAUCACACUCACAUGAUCCUACACUCAUCAAAUUUCUCGUAUCUAGAGUAAUUGCUUGUCACCCAUCAGUGACUAUUCAGGAGUCUUUACAGUACACGAGAGCAAUCCUGAACUUACCCAUUAAUGCAUGCGAUGAAUUUGAUAUUCUAAACGACAAAGGACUACAAGAGCUCGCGCAAGCCCCAGAAAUACUACAACAAAGGUCAAAGUGUUCCUCUAAGAGAAGGUGUGGCAACCCACCCGAGAAUUACUUCGUCGAUAACAAGAGUCUUACGGGCCCCAGCGAGCAUAUUAAACGAGGUCAUUUCUAA